UGCAGCGGCAGCAAUCGACAACAUGAAUGAGUCUGAGCUCUUUGGCAGGACAAUUCGGGUGAACUUGGCCAAACCGAUGCGGAUUAAGGAAGGAUCCUCCAGACCUGUCUGGUCGGAUGACGAGUGGCUGAAGAAGUUUUCAGGGAAGACUUUGGAGGAGAACACGGAGGAGGCAGGAGCAGAGGCCCCCAAAGCAGAGGCGCAGGAGGGCGAGCCUCCUGCCAAGAAAACCCGGGUCAACCCUCAGGUUUACAUGGACAUCAAGAUCGGAAACAAACCUGCGGGGCGGCUGCAGAUCCUCCUGCGUGCGGACGUGGUGCCCAUGACCGUCGAGAACUUCCGCUGCCUCUGCACCCACGAGAAAGGCUUUGGCUUCAAAGGGAGCAGCUUCCACCGCAUCAUCCCCCAGUUCAUGUGCCAGGCCGGCGACUUCACCAACCACAACGGCACCGGCGGCAAAUCUAUCUACGGGAAGAAGUUUGACGAUGAAAACUUCAUUCUCAAACACACGGGGCCAGGGCUCCUGUCGAUGGCAAACUCCGGCCCAAACACCAACGGCUCCCAGUUCUUCAUCACCUGUGAUAAAACGGACUGGCUGGACGGGAAGCAUGUGGUAUUUGGGGAGGUGACGGAAGGCAUGGACGUGGUGCGGGAGAUCGAGGCUCAGGGCACCAAAGAUGGGAAACCGAAGCAGAAGGUGAUCAUCUCGGACUGCGGGGAGUGCCCGUGAGCUCGGCUCUG